CCAGAAAUUGAAUAUGGAUCACUUGAAGUUGUAAUCCCUUGUUCUUGUCGACUAAACAUUAAAGGACGAUCCCAACCGAUAAGUUCCCCUUAUCCUUGCCCUACAGGAAACGUCGAUAAGAUAUCAGUAGUGCAAACAAUUCCAUCAACAUGGGCUAAAAUAGACGUAAUAGUGACAGAUACAAUGUUAAGGGCAGGGGCAAAGCCAAUAACGAACACAUUUGCAAACUUAAGUGCUGCCCUGAACGAGUCAUGGGUGUUAGAAUCCACCACCUUCAACGUCUCAGAAAUAGCCGAUUUAGUGCACGUUAAAAUCCCAGAUAUAAUACAUCUUCUCCCCAGUGUCUCAAGUGCCCUCCUAUAUAUUUGGAAUGUGCCUCUAACUUUGGCAAUUUUGUAUCUUUUUUGGGAUCGAAUCAAAAAAGCCGCAAGAUUAGCCGCUAGUUUUACCCCCAAGGAAUGGCCAUGAGCGCCCUCUUGCGUUGUGGUGCUGAUGCACAAGAACUCCCUUCCCCCUCAGAAUAUACCAGUGGUGUACCCCCUGAAGCCGUAUCUUACUAUCACGCUGCAUUUAUCAUGCUCAUUUUGAUUCUCAUUUUCUUAGUGUGCGCGAUACUUUGUAUGGUGUUUUUGUUCAUACAUUGGUAUAAGUGGCAGCAAGUUAAGCACCCACGAAACAGUUCCUCUAUACGGUUAAAUACAUGGACUCGUGAGCAGAGUGAUGAAGAAAAAGAUGAGAGUGAUGAGCAACCUCUAUAUCCCCAUAAACCUCGUGGAAUUAUAUUGGCACCAUUACCUACCAUCAACGAAACUGAAAGUGACGAGGCCACGACUUCCGCACAUAUUCAAGAGUAUCAACUUGACCCCAACAACAAGUUAAAAAUCUAUCUCACGCGUAACUAAAUCCGAAUAAUGCUGCGUAAACACAAAAGUUGAUGAUAAUGUAAAAUUCACACGACCACCACCAUUUUUUGGACUAUAAAUAGUGCUAAAAAACGCAUGCGAAGUUAUCCUCAUCUCUAGUCAUUCUUCUCAAAUUAACAAAACUACUCACACCCUGCAACCAUGGCUUCCAGCUCUACCAGCGACGACAUCAGCAUCCUCUUGGCGUCAACUUCCACCCACUGGAACGUCACCGACGGCCUGUUUUUUAUCUCGCCUUCGUCAGUACAACCCAAUUAUUUUCAUAUCGUUACGCUGUCACGAAGAAACCCGUACACCUUCACGCAAGAUUUGGUGACAUACGAUUUACCAUAUUAUCGUAUAUCACACUUCUCUCUCCAAGAUUAUCGGGUGGUGAUCACCUUCAUAAAACCAAGCGAUCUUCCGACGGAGUUCUCGGCGCUUCCCACUUUGUACAUUCCGAACAAAGUAAGAGCCAAGGCAAUGGAGUGGGUCGAACCACUCCAGUACUACUACCACGCCGCUCAUCGGGGGCUAAUGACUGAACUAUUCGCAUGGGCCUACGCCUUUAAGGUACUACGCUCCUUUUGUACUCCAGCAGUUGAGCAAGAGUGAACUGUUGGGUUGAAACAGGAGGUGGCAGAGGUCGCCUACCUCCUGUUUCUUCACCAACUACCACGCUUCCUCGUCUCACUCAUUUUUGGCAGUUUCUUCAGUGCAACUGCAGCAGAACCUUCUCCUUUCUUCGACUCUAUUUAGGUGAUAUAGUCUCCAGGUCGAGGGUAGUUUGCCUUUGAGAGGAAACCAAACAGCCCUGGCGAACAAUUAAUAAAGUGACGACGCGGUGGUGAAGAUUAAUUCCGAAGAAUUAAUUGGACGGUUAAUUGGGCUACAUAUCGUUACUCUUAAACUUUGACAUUUUAGCAGAAGGUAAAAUCAUUACACCCUCCUGGUCGUCCGUUCGUCUGAAUCAAGAUGAGUGCUGUAAUGAUGAUGCCUCCUCCACCUCCACCCCCACCUCCCCCACCACGGAAACCUAACGACAAAGAAAAAGGUGAAAGAGUAGAAAAAGAUGAAGAGGAGGACAAAGAUAAGGAUAAGGUGGAGAAGGAAAAUCGACAAGAGAAGCAAGAAGACCAAGAGGAAAGAGGUAAAGGCGCCCCUGUGAAAAGGGUGAACCUACACGGGUCACCACCACCGAGUUGUGACCGGCGAGGCGGUGCUCCGAGGGGAAGGCGCGGAGCUCGCCCUCAUCCCUACACACGGGGAGGACGGACCCACCCACAACCCGAUCCACCUAUUCGACGGAAUUCGUUUGUUGUCCGGUUUUGCUUUGCCUGUGGAGCUGAGGCCCACCCCAGGGCUCCUGCUUGCCAGCGAUGUCGUGUUCGGUUCCAAGGGCGAAGAUGCGGAGCUUGCUUCGCCCCUGUGGCAGCUGAUAUGCAGAUCGAGGGCCACUUCUGCAUUUACUGUGGCGGUAUUUUGGAUGUCGUCGGAGUGUAUUCUCCCAACUGAUGGUUUUUUAAAAUGAAAAUAAAUCGUUGAAAACU